AGACAAAUUCAUGCUUCUUUUCCAGUUGUUGUUGAUGAGACUGGUGCUAGAUUUUCAGCUUUCAUAAAAUUGACACCUCUCCAAAAAGAUGGAAUUGUAAGAAUGAUAACCUCUUUACACAGUUUUCUAAAUCAUAACAAUGAAUUAUCUGAAGCUUUAUUUAAUAGUUUGGUUGCAUACAAAAAAACCAAAGAACAUAAGACAUAUAAUAAUACUGAGUAUAAUUAUAUUGUUAGUGAGGCCCAAUGGUUUUCCACUCAAUCUAUGCCACUAUCUGUGGCAACUAUAUGGUUCUUUAGAACAGUGACUAGCUUCGUGAAAAAUACAAAAAAUACAGAAGUAGGAGUGAUUUUGCUUGAAAGUGAUAUCCAAUACAAAGAAAUAGCAGUCGAACUACAACCUAAAAUAACCAAUGAUUCUAUUAUAAAUAGAGAAAGUGAAACUAAUAGUAGAGAGGACCAGAUACCUGAAAUAAACAAUAAUUCUAUUGUAAAUAGAAAAAGAGUAUCUGAAAAUAAUAGUAAAGAGAACCAGGUACCUAGAAUAAUUGAGAUAUCAAGUAAUGAAGAGGACAAAAUAUCUGAAAUAAUUGGAAUAUCAAGUGAUGAAGAAAACCAAACACCUGAAGAUAAACAGAUAUCCAAAAUAAUUGUGUUAUUAAGUAUUUUAAAAGAACAAACUUCUGAAAUAGCUAUAAUAAAUAGUUUUAGAAUAUAUUGA